GCGCGACGGCCCCUCUCAGACGUGUCUUGGCUUCUCUCCCUACAGAGUGGCGCGCACUUGCUGCUUGGCAAAAGAAAUAGGGAGAAACACGCCCAUUACGGUAUGGAAUGAGAGAGUAUGAUGGGCAGAAUCCGAGUUCUGAUCGACUGGACAGAAUCGGAGCACGAACUGCAGCUUCUGAGCACGACAGCUUGUCGCUCCGUCCACACUUGUGCACCUUCUCCGGCAGGGUGAUCCUCCCAUGCAACCAUCUAGUGCUGCUUGUCUGGCACUCGGAUGACCAACAAAAAAAGGACACCUUUUCCCCACAACCACCACCGAAAAGCAUUCUGAUUUCUGUCACCCGAGUGCCUGGAAGCAUACAUAUGCGCAGCGGAAACCCCCCAAUCCCCCCGGGUGCGUCCUCGACGUCAGCCGCUCAUUCGGCGUGUCUCCGUCCUGUGCCCACUUCGUCACAAGUCCAGCGACAAAGACCCGGACAGCGUUUGGCAGCAAAAGGCUGUAGGCAAGAGGAGCGCGGCCCGUCGUUGAUACGCCGGUCCCCUAGUCCUCUGCCCGAUCAUCAGCAGGGUCGCCAACCGAGACAUUGGAUUCAGCGCGCCAUUCUGAACGACAUUGUACGUCGUGUAACCCGUCCCCCUCCUUGCUUUUUCUCUUCGUCCUUGCAUACCAGACCGACUACAGCCCCGUGUCGGUCACAUGGGCCGAGCUGCGAUGCUGUGUGCCUAGGCGGCAGAAUGCAUUCAGGGAAGAAGAAAAGGAAAGGAAAGAGGGCCUCGGGCGCAAUCGCGAAGAGCUUGUCGUUCCGCGCGAGCUGCCUUACUGAUGGCGGCUGCCCUCGGCAGAAUUCUUGAGUGCAGGUAUCUGGCCCGUGUGGUGUUGGGAAUGGAGCAGCACAUACACUUCUUGAUUAUGCUAUAUCCGUACCUUCGACAGGCCAGGCUUUUGCAAAUCUUCUGUUGUCGGCAUCCACUCCCCUGCCCUGGCCUUCUCGAGGCCCUAGUUGUGUUCCCGUUCCCCAGAACCAGGGCCGACCGAGGCCGCAAGGUUUCAGGGCC